AUGGUAGCCUACUCGCCUGUUCUCACUUCCUUUGAGUCUUUUAGUGGUCUUCCGGGCAUUGCUGGCCUUUCCUAUCGUGAGGGUGAAGUUUGGGUCCUUUUUUCUAUUACGGCCCAAGAGGGUCCUACUGAGGUAAUAGUGAGUUCUAGUCAUGCUAAUCUAGUGGGUAAAGGUGCUGAAUGGUCUGCUGGGCUGAGUCUGGCUUUGUCGCGGGUCUUUUCGGCUGUUUUGGUGAGUGGUCGGUUUUCGUAUAGUAUUUCCGUCCGGGUGGUGAAUGGUGGUCAGUUAAGUGAUGCUGAGUUGUUGGCGGUAAGUACGAUGGGUAUUUCAUUGUGUAUUUGUGCGGCUGGAGUUGCUUGUUUAGAGUUAGUGGUGGCUAAGGUAUAUAAAGUGGCGCAGGAAGAGGUUUGGGUGGCCUGGGGGCUGAUAUCUCGGGAUGUACUGGGUGUAUCUGCUCAGGGUGUAUCAAGUGAGUCUUUAUUUCAGGCGAUAGAUGGGUACCCGGUUGAGGCAAUGGAAGAUUUGCGUCAAAAUGCAGCUAGACUUUGCCGGGAUAAGUCAAGGUGCAAUUGA